CUGUGUUUUAGUAAUACCCAAGGGUAAGAGCCCUGGUGGAUUUUGGGUCGACGCUCCAUGUCGUAUGAAACAGAGUUAUAUCUGUCAAACUCUUAGAAGUCCAAGUUUGCCAAACGUGGGUCCAAAUACUUCUGGUUGCUCCAAUGGUUACCAGCGAUUUGCAGGAAGCUGUUAUGGUCUGAAGACAACCAAGAGAAAUUGGGCGGAUGCUCAGACCCAAUGUCAGUCGGAGGGGGCUAACCUGGUGUCGAUAGCCAAUGUAUAUGAACAGUCAUUUGUGUCGUUAUUGGUGUUCGAGAACAACGGCCAUAUUUGGACGGGUUUAAAUGAUAAGCAGAAAGCUGGUAAUUAUCAGUGGAUUGUCAAUUCUGAUCGAGUCACCUACACCAACUGGGGUUAUAAUGAACCCUCGAAGAAAGAUGGAGAAGGGUGUGUCUCCAUGAGAGUUAAUAAUAAAUGGGACGAUUCCCGGUGUAACGCAUCUUUUACCUAUGUCUGCGAAAUAGUUGUCACUUCCCAGGUCCUAACAACACCGGCUACAGUUGCAACUUGUCAGAAGAGGUGGACACCAUUUAAUGGCCGCUGCUACCGGGAAUAUUCCAACAGGAAUGCAUCAUGGUCUGCAGCCAAUACGAGGUGUAAACGAAGCCGAUCAGAUCUGGUCAGCAUCCAUAAUGCGGACGAGGAUACAUUCAUUUCAUCACUUAUAACAAACUCAGCUAAAGAUAUCUGGUUAGGCUUACAGAGAGCACAGAAUGGUGGUUAUCAGUACAGUGAUGGUACACCAACUAACUAUAUGAACUGGGAUGUAAAUGAGCCUACAGAUGUUAAUAACAAGUCGAGACAGAAUUGUGUAGCUCGAAUAGCUGCUAGUCAGAGGUGGAAUGACCUAACCUGUAGUUUUAAAAAGGGCUACAUCUGUGUUAAACUAAUGGCUUUAAAAACGCCUGCACCAAACGUCAUACCUAUUACUCCAAAACGUCAAACCCCAGCUCCUGUUACCAAGCAACAUAAUGUCCCCAGGACAUUGUUUCCAAACAACCUAACUCCAACGGUAACAGCUGCUCCGGUUAAACAAACGACAAAGAAAGCGGCUACCCAAGGAAACGUUCAAACGAACGCACCAGUAACUCCGGUCGUCACACCAGCACCUACACAGUUUACCAGACAAAAUGGUGCCAUCACUCAGGCUCGUCAAAUUCAAGGAAAUCCAAACACUAAUGACAGUAGUGGACUGUCAGACGGAGGUGUUGCAGGAAUUGUUAUAACUGUACUGUUAAUAGUUCUAGUUGGUAUGUUGGCUUUCGGGUUUAUGGCCAAACGAAAUAAAUGGACAUUUGCAUCAGUACGAGGAGCCGUCGGGUUUGAAAAUGCCUUAUAUAAUAAUGGUGACCAAGCUCUAACUGUACAGUCGAGCGAUGCAUAAACAGGAAUAAAAACACUUUAUUUAUUUUUAUUCGUGAAUCGUUCAUCUUUACCGUGUUUAGUGUUCUAUCUGGAUUAUCGCCCUUAUUAUUGUUAAUUUUGUGACCUUCAAAGUAAUGACGUCAAUUGACAGACUGUAGCCAUUCAGCAGACGACCACCUGCUUUAUUUCUAUGGCUUCUGUCUGAUAAUUUAUUUCUAUGUUUUUCUUUCUUUUAUUUUAUAACUAUCGGUUGGUCCGUUGUAGCACCGAUAUAACCAUAUACCGGAAGUAGCAUAACUCCGAAACCGGAAGUGAUAGUCCAUUGCCACCAGGCCGAUGUUACUUUCCCGAUCCGAGCUACCCCUGGGCCAGCCCUAGUGUAGCCGCCAGAACUGUACACAGACAGGCAAAGGACAGACAGACAGCCAGACAGACGGACAGCCAAACGACAGUCACAUAUAUCAGUAUAUCUAUAAACAGGUACAACAUGCUGAGUUAAAUAUAAACAAUAUAUAAUAUUGUAAACAAGAAUAACACUGUCCAAUAUACAGUAUAACCAAUAUAUGAUAUCGAUUUCCAUCUUAAGAUAGGACAAUAUACAGAUUACAAUCUGUAUAGUUUAUAUAACUGUAUAUAGCAACUUUAUCACUAAAUAUAGCCCAAUUUUGAAUGCUAAGGGUUGGUUAUUUCAAUUAUGUUUGAUGUUUAAUAAAUGUUAUUUCGUUUUAGUUUUUUAUAUAUUUUACAUGUCAUUGUUAUGACGUAACGUUAGUGUAACCAGAAUAGUAACGCAUUAAAAUGGCCUGACGAUUCGUUUAAUACCGAUGAAAGUACUAGCCAA